UGUGACUUCCUCUCACCGCAGCAGCUGGUAGAGCCAGGGCUGCCCCUUCUGCUAGUGCCUCCUUUCAGCCGCCUCUGUCUGGGGUUCCCUUCGUCUGGCCCCGCCUCUCAGGCUGAGCGGGGCGGGGCCCGGCAGUCCCGGAGGCUGCGGCCGGCCGGCCGGGAGCAGGUGGAGGGCUGGCGCGGUCGAGACGGUGCUGCCAUGGCUCAGCCUCCGGGUCCAGAGUCUCGGCUCCUACUUCUUCCCUCCUUGUCAGCCCCUGAUGCUUGCCAGAUUUUUGCCUCUGCCGGAGCCCCGGCCUGACCAGCCUCCCUCCCCGUCUGGCUGGGAUUUGGGGGCUGAGCUGUCUGGGUUCCCAGGGCCAACCAAUGCAGUGCCGGCUCCUGCGGGGCCUGGCUGGAGCCCUCCUCACCCUCCUGUGCAUGGGGCUUCUGUGUCUGCGGUACCACUUGAGCCUGUCCCCGCAGCAGGUACAGGAGACCCCCGAACUGAGCCAGCCGAGCCCGGGGCCCCCUGAGCUACAGCUGCGCGAUGUCUUUAUCGCAGUUAAGACGACCCGGGCCUUCCACCGCUUGCGCCUGGAGCUGCUGCUGGACACGUGGGUCUCCAGGACCAGGGAACAGACGUUCAUCUUCACCGACAGCCCAGACGAAGGCCUCCGGGAGAGACUGGGGUCUCACCUUGUGGUCACCAACUGCUCUUCAGAACACAGUCACCCAGCUCUGUCCUGCAAGAUGGCUGCUGAGUUCGACACCUUCUUGGCCAGUGGGCGUAGGUGGUUCUGCCACGUGGAUGAUGACAAUUACGUGAACCCAAGGGCACUGCUGCAGCUGCUGAGAGCCUUCCCGCUGGCCCGAGACGUCUACGUGGGAAGGCCCAGCCUGAACCGGCCCAUCCACGCAUCGGAGCCGCAGCCCCACAACCGCACGGUGGGUCCCUCUCUUCCUCCUUUGCCCCUUGGCCCACUGGUCCCAGGGUGGGGCUGGUCCCGGAGACUUGCUCAAGGUCAUACAGUAUCUGGGAGGCAGGCGCUCUGCUCUGCCAGCUUGUGCCAGUGGAGGGCCUUCUCAGGGUGGGGGCUCUGGAUGUGGAGGACCUGUGCCAGUGUCUACAGUCUGGCUCUGUCCCUCAGCGGCUCCCGUUUCAUGGACACAUCUGCUCUCAUCCGGCUGCCUGAUGACUGCACUGUGGGCUACAUCAUUGAGUGCAAGCUGGGCGGCCGCCUGCAGCCCAGCCCCCUCUUCCACUCCCACCUGGAGACCCUGCAGCUGCUGAGGACUGUGGAGCUCCCUGAACAGGUCACCCUCAGCUACGGUGUCUUUGAGGGGAAGCUCAACGUCAUUAAGCUACAGGGCCCCUUCUCCCCGGAGGAGGACCCCUCCAGGUUCCGCUCCCUCCAUUGUCUCCUCUACCCAGAUACACCCUGGUGUCCACAGCUGGUUGCCCGAUGAAUCCUAAACUGCUGGGCAAAGUUUGGGCAGAGGCUUCUGGCUGUUCCUUGGCUCCCAGGGUGGCACUGAGUGCCCCUGGCAAGUGUCUUGUAAUAGGCAGUUCCUGGCAGGGCCUUCUGGUGGUUGGCAAGCCCAGGAUCUGGGUGGCAAUGGGCACUGAAGGCAUCCCAGUCCCCUGGGAGGGGAGUUAGACGGCCCAGGGGACCAGAUGGACCAGGUGAUGGCCAGAGAGGCUCCAGGGGGUAGACUCUUUCAGGAGGCUGAAUUGCAAAAAAGGCAGGGGGCACUAGAACUGGGCUGGGGCUCAGGGGUCCUAAGCCUUUAGGCAGUGACAUGGCCUCUGGGUGGGGCCUGGCUCUUGCCUCUGGCUCAUGUCUCUCAGGCAUUCUUCUGGGGCUCAAGCACUGAGCUGCCCACUCUCGCCUCCCUCGACUGGGUCCCAAGUCACUGAAGGGAUGCGGGUAGAAGGAUGGCAGAAUCCAGGGUCCUCAGCGGCUGCCGUUGUUGCUGAUCAGUCUCGCAAAGCUCCUUGCUCUCUGCCCCCUGUUCAGAUUUUGUUUGGAGCCUCGGCAUACCCGGGCCCAGAUGAAGGAGCAUGAUAGGUCCCAGCCAAUCGUGAUGAUACUUUUGCUCAUUUCCCAGCCUCCCUUGCUGUUAGCGGCUACCACGGGACUAGCUCUGGCCAGAGGGAACUAAGCAAAGCCAAUAGAGACAUUUCUGGGGAAGGUUUUGCAGCCCACUCCCCAUCUUCCUGCUGUGAAUGUGGGUGUGAUGGCUGGACCUGGGGCAGCCACCUUGCUACCAUGAAGGAAAGGCCCAGACAAUCACCCACAGCUAUUUCCUCCUGCAUCUGGUUCUGUACGAAAAUUAAAUGCUUAUUUGUUUAA